CACGGCACACCCACGUGGCUCAGGCACCAUUACCCACCACCACACACGCACUGUCUCUGUCACUCACUCUCGCUCUCGCUCUCGCUCGGUCUCUCCCCCGACUCCGAAGGCCAAUUUCUGUGUUCCUCCUCUGUAACUGUCUCUCUUAGGGUUUAGGUUGCGAGAUCUAAUAACUCUUCAACCUGAUUCAGCUAAGAAGAAGAAGAAGAUGAUGGUGAUGGUGAUGGAGCUUGAAACUUUUAGAGUGAGUCACUUAACAGAAGAUCAGUAUCUUUGCAAAUGGGGAGGAUCUUUAAUUGCUAGACAACAAAUUAAGAAGGAAAGUGAGAGUGCAAAAAUAAAGCAGGAAGAAUUAGUGGUGUGGCCUCCAUGCAGUGUUUUCUCCCACUUCUGCUGUGAAAAUAAAUUAGUUACAAUUAUGUUGACUUACAUCAGUUGGGCAUACAUUUAUAUGAGGAAGACAUACUAAAACUGAAGAUUGUUGAAGCAACUGGUUGAAGUGAAUUGGAUCGAGGUUUCUUAAGCAUUAGAGAUGCUCUAAAAAGCAAGAAAGCAGACAUCUAAUUUAAAUUUUUAGUCCUCAUAGUGGAAAAAAGUAGUUUGUUCAUGUGAUUGCUUCCUCUCUCUUUUCUUCUUUGGUGUGUCUGUGUGGCCUAAGAGCUUACCUAGGUUUUUUCGGUGCAUGGAAUGGUUUUGAUGAGGAGAUAAUUGUAAGAAGGGGCAAUAGAUACUGAUAUAAUUGGGACAUGGAUCAACCAGAACAGACUCAGCACCAGCUGCCGGUUGUGGGAGUUGUAGCAGGUUCAGGUCAAAUGGCCUAUGCUUCUCUACCCUACCAUACUGCACCUGUGGUGGUGUCAGGCUCAUCCACUGUUGCUUUACAUUCUUCAACUGAGCCUCCUGCCACCUUUUCUACUUCUCAGCACCAGCUUGCCUAUCAACAAGCCCAGAACGUCCACCACCAACAGCAGCAGCAGCAACAACAGCAACUUCAAGUAUUCUGGACCAACCAAAUGCAAGAAAUUGAGAGAACGGCUGACUUCAAAAAUCACAGCCUUCCACUUGCUCGUAUCAAGAAAAUAAUGAAAGCUGAUGAGGAUGUUAGAAUGAUUUCAGCGGAGGCUCCAGUCAUAUUCGCAAAGGCAUGUGAGAUGUUCAUCUUGGAGUUGACUUUGCGCUCUUGGAUCAACACGGAAGAGAAUAAAAGGAGGACCCUUCAGAAAAACGAUAUUGCUGCUGCCAUUUCAAGGACUGAUGUCUUUGAUUUCUUAGUUGACAUUAUACCAAGAGAUGAGUUGAAAGAAGAGGGACUUGGGGUCACCAAGGCCAGUAUCCCUAUGGUAGGUUCUCCAGCUGAUUCUAUUCCGUACUACUAUGUACCGCCACAGCAUCCAGUGGGACCGACAGGGAUAAUUAUGGGAAAGCCAGUUGAUCAAGCAGCACUGUACGCUGGUCAACAACCUCAGCCCCCCAUGGCAUUCAUGCCAUGGCCUCAGACUCACCAACAACAAACCCAGCAACAACAAAGUGAAUAGAGAGAAUGUGUUGGCUGUGACUGGCGGAGACAUAUAUCUGUACUUUAUCUCAUCCGUUGGAAGUGAUAGUGGUAGUUUAGUCUGUAAUUGUGUUUUCAGAACCAAAGUCAAAUGUUGUGGCAAUUGUAUCAGGUUUCUUUGUUUGUUUGUUUUCUUUCUCGUGGUUUUAAUGCCACAAAAGGAUUUGAUGAUUUCCCUGUUAUGCCAUCCAUCCAUUGAAGAAGAAAAAAAAAUAAAAAAAUCCCAUUGUAUGCUUGGUUUUGUUGGAUA